AUAUGGAGAAGAGCGAGUGCAUGCGUUUCACGUUCUAUUCCACAUCUUUUCUAGACGACGACUUAUCGCCAUUAUGGACAUCGACAGUAUCUUCAAGACACCAACGGCGCCCGCGACGAAGGCUGGCGCAAAGCGUAAACUCGUUUCGCCCGAGGAGAUGUACCGCAAGAAUGCGCGCCAUGUCAGUUAUGAGGAACUCACAGGACGGAACUUUGACGUCCCCAGCGGUGAGGACUCUUCCUCUGGGAAAAAGCGCACAGUCUCCAUCGAGGACGAGGAAGAUGAGUUUGGAAGAGGAGGAUCAAGAUUGGCGGGUGUCGCUAAUCCAGACGAGGGGGAGGAUGAUGACCGCUUCUUUGGCGAUGGACUCACGAGCGAUCAAAAGGAUAUCUUGGACUAUGUGGAUGAGAUUGACCCUGAGGAGGAGAGAUUUGAUCUCGGAGCAGUGCGCAAGAUGGUUCUCAAGUUUGAGAAGGCGAUUAAUAAGAACCAGGAGAUGCGUGUCAAAUACCCAGACGACCCUGCAAAGUUCCUGGAAUCAGAAGCUGAUCUGGAUGAGGAAAUCAAGCGCCUCAUGGCCAUGACUCAGGCGCCUCAACAUUACGGAGUCCUUGUUGAAUUAAACACCGUCGCCUCGAUCCUGUCGCUUCUCACCCACGAAAACCCCGACAUUGCAAUUGACGCCAUUGAACUCCUCAAGGAACUCACAGACGAGGAGGUGCUGAGCGUUGGAUUGGAGGAGGACGAGGAGAUUGCAGGAAGUGAGAGCGAGACUGGGAUGAAGAUGUUUGCUGAGGCACUGGUAGAUCAGGGGAUGCUAGAUUUGUUGGUUCAGAACUUGGAGAGACUGGAUGAAGAGGAGGCGAACGAUCGACAGGGCGUAUUUAACACGUUGGCGAUCUUUGAGAACUUGACGUCGAUUGAUGUUUCGAUGGCGGACAAGACUGUGUCAAAGAGCAAGUUGUUGCAGUGGAUUAUGAAACGGUUAAAAGUGAAGGCGUUCGAUUCGAAUAAGCAAUACUGUAGCGAACUCUUGGCGAUCCUCUUGCAGAGCAGUCCAGACAACCGAAAAACUCUUGGAAAGCUAGGAGGCAUCGACAAUUUGCUGCAAUUCCUGGCUGUAUACAAGCGCAAGGACCCCAAGGAUCCGGACGAGAUUGAGAUGAUGGAGAACCUCUUUGAUGGGUUGUGUUCAGCGCUGGCAGAGAAAGAGAACAAGCGACUGUUCCUUGAAGGCGAAGGCAUUGAGCUGAUGGUGAUCAUGAUCAAGGAAAAGAAGAUGGCACGCAUUCGGGCGGUCAAAGUACUGGAUUAUGCCAUGUCGACUAAAGCAGGAACGGCGAACUGUCUGCGUUUUGUUGAGAUUACGGGUCUGAAGACCCUGUUUUCAAUCUUUUCCAAAAAGGGCGUCGACAAGCUGAAGAAGGCGUACAAAUCAUUUUCGGAAGUCGAAGAGGAGGAACACAUUAUUGGUAUUAUGGCAUCGCUCGUCCGGAAUCUGCCUUUGGAAUCGGGACACCGGUUGAGAGUCGUACGCAAAUUUGUCGAGGACGACUACGCGAAACUGGAACGGCUUUUAGAUCUUCGUGAGGGCUACGAGGCCCGGGUGAGGGCAUUAGACGAAAAGAUUGAGCAGGAGAACAAGGAGAGGGAACUCGAUGAGGAUGAGAUUGCAGAGGAAGAAGCCGAGAGAGCAUUGCAAAGACUGGACGCUGGAUUAUAUGUGAUGCAGUUGAUUGAUUUAAUCCUGGCGCAUUUAUGUGCAGAGAACUUGGAUCUGGAAGAGAAGGAAGACCAUGUGGAGGAAGAGGAAAAGGAAAGCGAGAUCAAGGCGCGCGUCAGGACGUUGCUGAACCGGAGAGGACAGUCUUUGGACGAUAUCAAGGACAAUCUGAAAGCGUAUUUGAAUGGAUUGGAGGUCGACACUGCCUUGGCAGAAGGGGCGCGGACAAAAUUGCUAUCCCAGGCUGGAUCAGGGUCCUUGGGCAGUGAUGCGUCUGCUGCGACAACUGCAGAAGAGGGCGAGAUUACGAUGGCGAAUUCAGAGACAGAGCUGACAGAGGACGAGGAAGCAGCGCUCGAGGGACUGGAAGCAAAGGAAUUUGCACAAUACGUCCUGGGGUUACUUUAAGUAGAUCCAUUCCAUUUCAACUUGGAGACUAAUAAAACGAUAAAAGAUCAAACGGGCUGUAAUACAC